CUUUUGUACUAGGUGGUAUGUUGUGAACCGUGGGAGUUGUAUGCAGAAAUGUUUGAGUCUCGGUAAGGUGUUCGCUGUUAAUGAAUGUAAGGAAAGAAAAAAACUCAAUGUGUUAAGAGAUUGUAAUCUGAACUGUACAGAAGGCAGUUCUCUGCAGUUUCUUACCGUGAAAUAUUGUACAGAGAGCCAGUAUUGUAUGAGAAUUAUAUGGUUCCCAUGGUGCAGCCCUCCACGCCAUAGCCCCAUGUCAUCGGUUUUGUGUGGAGGUAUAUAGAAGGAUUGCUUCAAAUAAAAUGGCCUAUAAUUACCCAGCGGUGGGAAAUCCUCCUCUUCCACCAGGCGCAAUGAAUCCACCACCUCCACCACCACCAAUGGCCCCAAUGCCAAUGGGUAUGAUGGGGCCACAGCAAGGUAUGGGCCAAGGUAUGCCAAUGCCUGGACCCAUUAUGCCUCAGGGGUACAUCCCAGGACCCAUGAUGGCAGGACAACCCCCACAGCCAGCUCCACCAGGGACACACCAGCAACAAAUACACAUGCAGCAGAUGCAGCAUAAUAUGCUGAAUCCUGCCAUGAAUGAUGCCCCACUUGAAUUCAAUGUGAAUAAAAAUAAACCACCCAUGCCAAUUUCAGGUGAGGAUCGCAGCAAUGGCCGUAGUAAUGAAGAAUCAAAUGCUGGUGUUAAUAGUGGAGGGAGUGUGGGAUGUGGAAGUGGGAGUGGAGGAGGUAGUGGCAGUGGAAGUGGAGGAAGUGACAGUAACAGAAGAGAGAGGCGAAAUCGGAGUGAUCGUCGAGACCGUGAUCGUGAUAGAGACAGGGAUCGAGAACGUGACCGCGAUCGGGACCGUGACCGAGAAAGGAGGGAUGAAAGAGAGAAUUCAGGUAACAGCAGCAAUCACAGCAAUUCCUCGCAGCAACCGAAUCAACCGCUGCAGCAGCCACCGACUACACCAAACAGCAGUAACGCGGCUCCAAGCCUGCAGUCACCCAAUAGCAUACCACCUGCACCCAUGGGUGGUGCACCAAACAACAUGUGGGGAGGCAUGAUGGGACCUAUGGGUUAUCCAAUGAUGGGUAUGAACAUGAAUAUGAUGGGAAGUGGUAUGAUGGGAGAUCCUAGCAUGAUGAGCAUGGGACAAAUGGGCCAGUAUGGAAUGAUGGGUGGAAUGAUGCCAGAUGGAAGCAUUGUCGGACCUGAUGGAACUGUGAUACCAUCUGACCCAAGCAUGAUGGCAGGUCCAAUGGUGAAGGAGAUAAUUCACUGCAAAUCAUGUACACUGUUCCCACCUAACCCCACUGCUCCACCACCAACAACACGUGAACGCCCGCCUGGCUGCCGCACAAUUUUUGUUGGAGGACUGCCUGAAAAUACCACAGAGGAGAUAAUCCAAGAGAUAUUUGAACGUUGUGGGGAGAUGACCACCAUCCGACUAAGUAAAAAGAAUUUCUGUCACAUCCGUUUUGUAUUUGAAAAUUCUGUUGAUGCAGCAAUUUAUCUCUCAGGGUAUCGCAUUAGGCUUGGGUCUAAUACUGAUGCUCCAAAUACUGGACGUCUGCAUGUGGAUUAUGCACAAGCACGUGAUGAUUUGUAUGAGUGGGAGUGUCGGCAGCGUGCGUUACAGCGAGAACAAAGACACCGUGAACGGAUGGAACAAGAACGUAUGCGACCGCCUUCACCUCCUCCAGUUGUUCAUUACACAGAUCAUGAAGCUGUCACAAUUUCAGAGAAAAUUAAAGCUGAUGAGACAUUCAGUAAAGCUGUACAAGUUGUAAUCACAUGGCUGGAACGUGGCGACUGCAGUAAACGUAAUGCCAACACUUUCUACACAAUGAUACAGUCGACCAAUUCCCAUGUUCGCCGACUUCUGGGUGAGAAGGCACAAUAUGAGGAGGAGCUCCAGCGGGCACGUGAGCUGAUGAAAGGGCGUAUGCAGGGCAUCCUUAUCCAGUUCGGUCAGAUCGAGAGGGUUUUCUCAGCUGCCUGUCACAAGAAGGUUUGGGACCAUUUCACCAAAGCCCAGAGAAAGAACAUAGAAAUGUGGAAGAAACAAUGUGCGGAAAUCAAGACGGUACAACUGGAGGAGGUGUUGAAUGAACGGGCAGAUGAGGAGAUGGAGGUAUCGGACACCGAAGAGGAUUACAUGACAAAUCCUAAGAAGAAAAGUAGGAUUGAUUCUUCAGAAGAUAAAGCAAAUCUUGCUGUGAUUAAGGAAGAGAAUGACAGUUUACGAUGUCAGUUAGAGGCAUAUAAAAAUGAGGUUGACCUGGUAAGAUCUGACCUCAAGGCUGAAUUGGACCAGAAGGAGAAGCAGCUGAAAAUGUUACAGCAGACACUGCAAGGAAUGCAACAACAACUUAUGGAGUCAAAGCGACGCCAGUCAGAAGACGAAAUUAAGGUGCGAGAGUUGCAGGCAAGACUGAAGUCAGCAGGUGAGGUGCAGGCCCGUCUCCAGCUCAUCAAAGCAGAUCAGAGUGGGGAGCUGGCUGGAGACAGCAUUCAGCAAUCAGCAGAUCCUGCGGUUGAUAUGGAGGAGGAAGGGAAAGCAGAUACAACAGAUACAUCAUCCUCAGUUUCCAGGUUAUCAGACAGAGAAGCAAAACUGAUAGGUCUCCUUGCAACUUUCCUUCAUGUCCAUCCAUUUGGUGCAGGAGUGGACUAUGUGUGGUCAUAUCUCCAGAAAAUGGAGCCGACUUUACGACCUGGUGAAGUAGAAUCUCUCAUGAGUCGUUUUCCGACUGUGUUUCGCCAGGAAUUGUCUGGUAUUGGUGCCAACAUGGAGAGAAGAUGGCAGUUUGCUGGCUUUAAGACAAGUCUUAGUAUCUAAAGUUGGGUCAUGCAUGUUACAUACAUAAUUAUUUUCAUGAUCAUGUUAUUAACAAUGCAAAUUUCAGCAAUCUGGUGAAAAAUUUAAUACAAGUGAACUAAUGCCAAUUACCUUUGCUUGCUUUUUAUUUUAGUAUGUGAUCAUGGCGGUACAUGCUUUGUAAUAUCAUCUAUGUAAUAAGUGUCUAUCUUCCAACAGGAAUUAUGUGAUUUUAUAUUUGUUGUCUUUUAUGUAAUUGUGAUCUAUAUACCUUACCUUUUUUUUAUUCAUACCUUACACUAGUCCACUGAAAUAUUUCAUUAUGCCACAGAACUGAUCUUCAGUGAAUCAGAAUAUUCACUGAAGCAAGACUCCCCUGACUUAUUUCUCCUUGGGCGUUUAAAAAAGAUACAUUAUUGAGCCUUUCGAACCUGAAAUCAAUCUGUCCUACCUCACAGAAAACACAUUACUGUAUGUCUAUUACAAAGAACAAUUGGUUAGUCCUGUUUGUAGAAACAGUGACAAUUGUAUGAAACACAGAUACACUGUGAGCAAAAUUCGGACUCUUUAAUAUCAAAGCACGAGGCACAUGUGGUAACUCCUCCUUUAACCCUUCAACGAUGCAGGACAUUUAAUUCCUACGCACUCCUUGGGAUGGAGGGUAUUUAAACAUUUAAAACUAUAACUGCACCAUUUCAUUUAAAGUGUAAUUAAUUGGGAAAAACUGGAGUUUUGUUUUUCUAAUUUUCACACUAUGUUCAGAAAUGCAUAUAGAAUCAGUGUACUGAUCCACACGGCUUUAAAAUUAUUUUUUGGUACAGUAAGCCUGUAAAAUAUCUCAGAAAUUCAGCUGGGUGUGAUAGUUGUGAAAACAUUCCACAAAGAGUCUCACAUUAUACGCGUCACACCAGUACACAGUUUUUGACAUGCAACAUGCCAUUUCUGUGGUCUUGAUUUCUUAGCAGUUGGUAGAAUCUUGCUUAUAAAAUUUCUUUCUUUUAGACAGGGCACUGUUUGUCUGAUGAUUGUCGACCCGGCCCUUUAUGUUCUACUGCAUGUGCUUAUCUUGAUUGUCAUUUACCACAGAAUUGAGAAAAGCACAAACAUCCAUUUUCAGUGUCAAAUUCCAAAUCUCAUUAAACUUUGUUAUGAUUCGGUUUGAAGUAAAUAUAUCGUCCACUGGUUGUGACAUAACACAGCCCGCCACUUUGCUCCUCAUGGCUGGCCUUGGGUGCUAUAUCCAGACUGCAUGAUGCGUAUUUAUACAACAAAGGGGAAUUACAGUAGCACCAUUCAUAUAGUGAACUGUUUAUCAUUUGCUACAUGGCAGUCAUAACACACUUCUUAGAGUCAACAUCACACCUCAAAGUCAUAUCUUCCCCAUGUGUUUUCUCAUGGUUACAAAUUCCGAUAUAGAAGCAACGCUGGUCCGAAUAUGCCUCAAGAGAAUUGACUUUUCAUUCGAUCAGCAUCCAGGACAGCACACAGUAUCGAUCUAACAUAUUUAGUUCGGAAGAAUUCCUCCAGGGGUGAGGAUGGAUUUGCAUGGUAUUAAGCGCGCCAGGUGUUGAGGUAGAAAACUUUUUCAAAGAAUUUAAAUGUAAUAACUGCUGUGGGAAGUUUAAAAGUGGGACAACGAAUAUGUGAAAUGAUAGCAUGAAAUUUCCUCUUUAAUUUCAUACCAAAAUAAUUACUUUACAUGAAAAACAACAGUUCAAAACAUGAGCGAAAACUUGACGCUGCACUAGGCGUGUCAGAUACAGACUUCGGUGACAUGUGACAGAAGCCGCUGGCAUGCCUUGCAUGGACUACGACACUGAAGGGUAAAAAGUUAAAAGUAAUGCAAGAAUACAAUAUUAAUGUUACUGAUGAAAUUUCUGAAAAGGAAGGUUGUAUAAUCUUUAAGGAAUGCAUCAUGUUGUGCUAUCCUGUAUGAUUUUGUUUGGUUUCCGUCUCAACACAGCUAUCAAAAUCUCGUUCACAUCUCACUGUAUACGAGUAUAAUGAGUUUAUUGAUCUUAAUAGCACGAGAAUAUGUUACAUGUUUCUGCUUAUAAAGCCAUCUUCAGGCAGUACAUAUUAAUGAAUAUUUUUAGACAAUUAAAUUGUGUUUAAUAUACGAAUUCAUAUAUUAUAAUAUAAUUAUGGUAUGCACUUGAUUUUCUAUUUAGUUUAUAUAUUUAAACUUGUAUCUGAAUUAGUAUAAGUCAUAUAUAAAAUGUAUAGAUUGGAAUGAAAGUCUUGCAUUUAAAUAGAUGCUUACAGAUGUACAUAUUCAUAUAACUUUAAGUGUCAUAAAAUGUAUUGCAUUGUUAUAUUGUAUUAAAAUGUUUAGACAAUGAAGUAAAAUUGUAUUCGUUAUAUUCAUGGUACUUGUCAUGCCUAAAUAUCGUUUUGUAUGUAUGUAUGUGUGUUCUAUUCAGGUUGGUGUCUGUUAACUUAAUUGUAGCAUUAUAAUAUACAGUAGCUUCAGGUGUU